UUAAAAAAAGCGUGCUUGUAAUUAAUAAAAACAUUAACAAAGUGAAACAAAGUCAAAUAGGAACAAUGAAAUUAAAAUAUGUGCAAACAAUAGUGGAGGCUCAGAAUUGUGAAGCUAAAAUUCUAGGGUUGGCAUGGUCUCCGAACAAUUUAAAGUUCGCCGUGGCCACAGCCGACAGACAAAUAUUGUUGUUUGACGAAAAUGGAGAAAAGCGUGACAGAUUUUCUACGAAACCUGCAGAUAGCGAAGCAGGAAAGCGAUCUUAUUUAAUUAGAAGCAUCGCAUUUAGUCCCGACUCUCAAAAACUUGCAGUUGCACAAACAGACAUGAUUGUCUUUGUUUAUAAAUUAGGAGAAAAUUGGGGAGAGAAAAAGGUAAUAUGUAACAAGUUUUUUCAACCCUCUCCCGUAACAUGUAUGAUAUGGCUACUGGCUGGCCCUAUUGUAUGCGGCUUAAUCGAUGGAAAAGUAAGAGUAUUGCAAGUGAAAAAUAAUAAAUCUAGUAAUUUAUAUUCCACUCAAAACAUAAUUGUGUCGUUAGCCGCCAACCCUAAAGGAAAUGCAUUCCUGUCAGGUGAUACCGAGGGAAAUAUUAUAAGAUACAGCAUUACUAGUGACCAUUCAGAGAAAGAGUUGAAUGGAAAAGUUGUAACUCAUUCGGUAGCGCCUAGCGCAUUGGCGUGGGUACAGGGGCACAUUAUAGCUGGGGGAUGUGACAGAAGGAUUGUCAUAUAUAAUAUGAAUGGGAGGAGUAUAAAACAGUUCGAUUACAGUCGUAGCUUAGACGAGGGCGAUUUUUCCAUAGCAUGUGGUAGUCCUAGUUCACAGGCUGUGCUGGUAGGCGGCUACAACAGAGUGAGAGUAUAUAUGUGGAAUUCAAAGGAGGCGGCAUGGGAGGAAGGUUUACCCAAAGAAAUCAACAAUUUUUACACCGUCUCGGCUAUAGCUUGGAAAAGAGACGGAUCAAAGGUGGCUUGUAGCUCGCUUACGGGCGCCGUUUUUAUGUUCGAAACAGUUAUUAAGAGAGCCAUAAUCAGAGAUAAAUUCGAAAUUGUAUACGUGGCUCAAAACCAGGUACUCAUUAAUGUUUUAAAUGACAAAAGGAGCAUGACCAUUAUUUCUCAAUAUGGCAGGGACAUAGAUGAUAUUAAAUUAAUGGGGAAGGACAAUUUUGUCGUUGCAAGAACUGAAAGUACACUGAUAAUAGGAAAUCUUCAACAAAACUGCAUCAGCGAGGUUCCAUGGGGUAAAACAAGUAACAAAGAGAAAUUCUAUUUCGAAUAUCCCACCGUGUGUCUCAUUUUCAACGCUGGAGAAUUACAUUUGGUGGAAUAUGGAGUGAAUUACAUAUUAGGCUCAAUUAGAACAGAAUUUGCGAACCCCCACCUCUUAAGCGUCCGCGUUAACGAAAGAAAAAAUCAAGAAGACAAUAAAAAAUUGGCGUACUUAUUGGACCUUAAAACGAUUUGUAUUGUUGACUUGGUGAGCAAUGUGACUUUGGCUCAAGUAAAUCACGAUAUAAAAAUCGACUGGAUUGAACUGAGUGAAAUUGGACACAGGCUACUUUUUAGAGAUAGAAAACAAAGGUUAAUGUUAGUUAACGUCACCACAGGGGAAAAAAGGUGCAUCUACAGUGGGGUGGGUUUUGUACAAUGGGUUGAAGAAAGUGACGUGGUGGUUGCCCAAGCAGGAAAUAAUCUUGUCAUAUGGUACAACAUCGACCUGCCAGAUAAUCCUAAUCUCAUGAACGUUCAAGGAGAAGUGGUGGAUGUAGUGAGAAAAAAUGGAAAAACUGAAGUCAUUGCUACUGAUGAUCGAAAUACGUACAGUUUCGAACUUGAUGAAGGAUUGGUAGAAUUUGGAACUGCAAUACAUGAGAACGAUUACGGUAGAGCCGCUUUAUACCUGGAAACAAUAGAAAAGCCUUCGGAAGCAGAAGCCAUGUGGUACAAUUUGUUGCAAAAAUCAUACAAGCAAAACAAUUUGUUACUGGCGUCCAGAUGUCAUGCAGGUCUCAACAAUGUGACCGCGUCUGUUUUCCUGCAAGGAACACUAGAAAAAGGGCUUGAAUACUCGAAAAAUAAUGGAAGCUCGAUAGACGAUUGUCCAGAAGUUUGGAUUCGUCUGGCUCUUCUAAACGGCGAUCUCAGCACGGCCGAAAAUAUCUACUUAGAACAAGGGAACAUUAAAGCGGCUCUUGAUAUGUACAAGAAAUAUCACAAAUGGGAUAAAGCUAUCAGAUUAGCAAAUCAAAAAGGUUACGAGAAAUUGGAUGCUUUGAAAGAAGAACAUAUGCGACACCUGAUGGAAACAGAUCAGUUUUCAAAAGCCGGUGACGUAUUGGAAGAUGAAGGACAACACCAAGAAGCCCUCAGUCUUUAUCUCAAGUCGAAAUGUUACGUGAAAGCGGCAAAACUGUUACAGAAUAGGAAGCAAUUGAUGGAAAAUGAAACGUUGGUUCUCAAUGUUUUGAAGAUCUUGUUGAAACAUGAAUUGUUCGAACCUGCUGCAGAAAUUUAUGAAAGUCUCAAUAAUUUGGAAAUGGCAAUCGCAUGUUACAGAAAAGGUAAAUUGUGGAGCAAAGCAUUGGAUUUGGCCAGGGUUGUUAAUCCGCAUCAAGUCGUGGAUUUGGAAGAAGAAUGGGGAGAUUAUCUGAUGGAAAAUAAACAAAUGGACGCAGCCAUUAAUCAUUUUAUUGAAGCUGGAAGAAGCAGGAAAGCCUUGGACGCAGCAAUCGCUGCUCAUCAGUGGAAGAAAGCAAUUCACAUAAUCCAAGUAAUUUCUGAUCCACAAUCCGUUCAACAUUAUUACGAUUUAAUUGGACAACACUUGCAAAGUGUCAAGGAUUAUUCUGGAGCGGAGAAGAUGUAUGUGAACGGAGGACUUCCUACCAAAGCGAUAGAAAUGUAUAUGGAAGCGGGUAAAUGGGAAAUGGCAUACACCUUAGCUACCAAAUAUCUUUCACAUGAGGAAACGGAAAAUAUGUUCCUAAAGAAAGCCGACUUUCUUCAACAAAACGAAAAAUACAGAGAAGCAGAAGAUAUGUACAUAAUGUUAGGGACACCUGAUCUAGCUAUCACAAUGUACAAGCAAGCCGAAGAAUUCGAUCAUGUGAUUCGCCUGGUUGAGAAAUAUCAUCCAGAUCUGUUAAAAGCAACUCAUAUGCAUAUCGGUCAUUAUUUAGAAAACCAAAACAAACACAGGUCCGCAGAAGUGCAUUACGUUGCAGCAGGAGAUAUAAAAGCUGCCAUAAGUAUGUAUACGUCUGGUUCGAUGUGGGAAGAGGCAUACAGGGUAGCCAAAAACAGCGGGAUCAGAAACGCUGCAGAACAAGUUGCCUAUCUAUGGGCUAGAAGUCUACCGAACGAUUCUGCAAUCAAAUUAUUGCAAAAAUUGGACCUUCUAGAAACGUGUACUGAUAUAGCCUGUGAAACCGGCCAAUUCGAUUUUGGACUACAACUUUCUAAAAACUUACCGGAAAAGGCAGAAGAAGUUCAUUAUAAGCAUGCAAUGGCUUUAGAAGACGAAGGAAAAUUCAGCGAAGCUGAAACUGAAUUCGUGCUGGGUGGAAAAGCCAGAGAAGCGAUUUUCAUGUACAUUCACAAAAGCGACUGGACGAGCGCUUUAAGGGUUGCAGAAAUGCACGAACCUUCAACCGUUCCAGACGUCUUAAGGGAGCAUGCAAUGCAAUGCUUUGCCGACAAACAAUUUGCCGAAUUCGAAAUGCUUCUGAUUAGAGCUCAGUUACCCCAUUUGAUUGUGGAGAAGUAUAAAAGUGUAGGAAUGUGGCAAGAUGCUUUUCGAAUAUGCAAGGAACAUACCCCCUCCUUGUACGACACCCUCGAGGCGGAAUACAUAAGUUCGAAUAAAAGUGAUUUGGGUAAAACGGAAAUGGAAAUGUUGGUACAAAGGGUAAACGAUUAUAUGUCGAAAGGACAAUACAGACAAGGAAUCGAGACCCUUAUUGAAAUAAGCAGUCACACAUCCGAUCCCGAAAUUAUUCACAGAACCUUACUAAGAGCUGCCGACGUCACCAACAAAUUUCUCACUGGGGAAGAAGCCUUAGUAGUAUCGAAAAUUGUAGGGCCAAGGCUCGUUGAGGUGGGAGAUCACAUGACAGCUGCUCAAUUGUUUAUAAAUGUUGAUUUAAUAAAAGAAGCUAUUGAUUGUUUUAUAAAUGCAAACGACUGGGCGAGUGCUAGAAAAAUUGCAAGAGAACUUGAACCUUCUUACGAAAGCUAUGUGGAAAAUAGGUAUAGGGAUAAAUCGUCGGAAAAUGACUUUGGAAAUACCACUGAUAUCGGGGUUAUGGAAUCAUUGGAUUUGUUGGCUGAACAAGGGCAUUGGACAAAGUGCAUUGAAAAGGCAAAAGCACAUGGUUUGCCAAUUUUGCACAAAUACUUGGCAUUGUAUGCUACCAGUUUAUUAAAAGAUAGUUCCCCAAUCCAAGCUGUAAAAGUGUUCAAUACAUACGGAACGCCGGCUAUCAGUCAAAACUUUAAAAUUUACAACCGAAUCGUAAAAGAAAUGUUGGCAUUGAAUAUUGAUAAAGAAGAAAAUAACUACGAAAUAUGGUCAGAGUUACGACAGAUGCUUCAUAAACUGGUGGAAAAUAUUAAAACGGGUAAUGAAGUUAAUUCUCAAACAAAAAGUCACUUUGAAGAACUUUUGCUAAUUGUUCAUUUUUGUGCGUUGAGGGCUAUUUGUAAGAAAGUUCCUUCUUUAAAGCAAAUAGCAGUAAAAAUAUCAAUUGCUUUGCUCAGGUACAUUGAUGUAAUUCCAGCUGAUAAGGCAUUUUGUGAAGCAGGUCUAGAUUUGCGGGAAGAAGGUAGAAUUUCAGAAGCUUUUGUAUUCCUGAAUUACUAUCUGGAUAUUUGCGAAGCAAUCGAGGAGGGAGAUAGUCAAAUUAUUGAUAACACGUACAUGGAACACACCGACAUACCAACCGAUUUCCCGUUACCAAAGGCACUGUACCUUCAGGACGAUGAAGCUCUCCAUGAUGAUAUUCGUCAAUGGGUACUUACAACGAGCAUGGACCAAAACAUAGAUCAGGUACAUGUCGUUUUAAUUGCAUAAAACAUUCAAGCGGAAAAUUCGCGCUGCCCCUCAAAGCUCUAUGGCUUAUAGAUUAUAUCGUUCAGUACUGUGAAAAUUAAGGAUUGUGUUGAUGUAAAAUCGAAUUAAGAAAUUAAUCAGAAAGAUACAAGAUUUCUCCUCUCCCCCCUAAGGAUUAUUUCUGGAUUCGCCCUCGACAAAACACCUAUUUAAGCAAUUUUAAUCGUUUUUUGCUUAAACUUCACUAAUGUACUCGAAAAAUAUGAUAAUGACCGCAAAUGUAAGCCAAAAAUCGUCAGUUUUCUCGCCCUUAAAUCACUUGUAUAGGGAUUAAAAGUUAAGAGUACCCUUAUACAAUAUUAAACUGCAAUAAAAUUCCAGUAAUUGGUAAAAAGUUUUAUUAACAUCUAUGAAUAAACUAUAAAUCUGUUGUGACUUACAAUUAGUUUACAAAACUGCCUCUUAUCUUGAACUAUGAACUUCAGCCAGGAAAAAACAUUGAACGUAUACUUCAUUUACUUUCUGUAGCGAUGUGACCUUCAGUUUGACCGGCGCAAA